AGCUGCUGCGGCGCCAUGAUCCGGAUCCACGUGCUGGAGGGGGCGGCUCUCGUCUGGAGCGCGGAGGACGCCCGAGAGAUCCGUGAGCGGUUCCGGCUGGUGGGGACCCUGGUGGGGGCGCUGGCCCGCAAGCCCCGGCAGAACGCCCGCCUGGGCCUCCCCCUGCAGCUUCUCCCCGAGGAGGCCCGGCUGCUUGCCGAGCUGGGCGCAGCUGUCCUGGUGAGGGGCACCGAGACCCAGCCCCCAGCGGAGGGGGAGGAACCGACCCAGGCAGCCGAGGUGGAGGCCUACCAGCGGGAGCUGGAAGAGAGCUACCAGGAGCAGCAGCGCCUGGCUGGGGCAGAGAGGGGGGCCCUGUUGGCCCGGCUGGCCGAGCGCAUCGCCCAGGGCCGAGCCCACCGCAGAGAGCAGCGCGGGGAGAUGCCAGACACGGUGGAGGAUUCGGGGCUCCUGGAUUCGCCCUUCGUCCUGCCCCGCGGCUCCAUGAUGGUCCAGCUGCCCACGGCGCGGCAGCGCCCGGGGCGGGUCGAGCAGGUGGACUGGACCUCACCCUCCCCAGACUGGCCUCACGCCGGCCGCCCAGCCCACGAGGCCCGGUACCGCGUCUUCCGUGAGCUGUGGGGCAGGGGCUACUACCUGUCCGGAGGGAGCAAGUUUGGGGGAGACUUCCUUGUGUACCCAGGCGACCCCCUGCGGUUCCAUGCCCACUACAUCGUGCUGUGCUGCCCCCCGGGAGCCCCUCUCCCGCUCCGCGCCCUGGUGGCUGCCGCCCGCCUGGGCACCGGCGUCAAGAAGACCCUGCUGCUCUGCUCGCUGGGCGCGGGCGGCGCCCUCGCCUUCACCUCCCUGCAAUGGAGCGGGCUGCAGUGACCCCCGCGGGAGAUAGCCGGGAACUGGGGGGCACAAUCCACUCCCAGCCAGGCACUGAGUACCCCUCCCCCCGGACCAAAGCCCGCCGGGGCAGGAGGGAACGCUGCUGGGGGUGUCUGCCGGCCCUGGGGCCGAGCAGGGAACGAGGCAGCGGCAGAACUGGAGGGGUGGGGGAGCCCAGGGCUGCACCUCGGGAGUGAGGGGCACUAGCAGAGCCGGGGAGGGGCGGGACAGGGCACAGAUAAGGAGGGGCUGUGGUUCUGGAGGGCACAGUCCAAGCUGGGAGGUGGGUCCCCCCCCACCCCCCCCAGACUGACCAGACUCCAGUAGGUUAUGAACUUUUUUUCUUUAAUUAAAAUUGAACUUGCCAGAAAA